AUGUCUGGAUUAGAACAAUCAUUAUUUCAAUUAAAAUUUACUGCUAAACAAUUAAAUCGACAAGCAACAAAAGCUUCUAAAGAAGAACUUCAAGAAAAAGCCAAAAUUAAAAAAGCUUUAAGUCAAGGUAAUAAUGAUAUUGCUCAAUUAUAUGCACAAAAUGCCAUUAGAAAAUCUAAUGAACGAAUAAAUUUAUUAAGAUUAGCUUCAAGAAUUGAUGCUGUUGCUUCUAGAGUUCAAACUGCUGUAACAAUGAGAUCAGUCACGGGGAAUAUGACUCAAGUAAUUCGUGGUAUGGAUAAAGCAUUACAAACAAUGAAUUUAGAAAGAAUUUCAUUGGUGAUGGAUAAAUUUGAAACUCAAUUUGAAGAUUUAGAUGCUUCAACAAAUUAUUAUGAAACUACUACAAAUAAUGUUAAUGCUUUAACAACUCCACAAGAUCAAGUAGAUGAAUUAUUGAAUCAAGUUGCUGAUGAAGCAGGUAUUGAAAUGAAACAAGGUUUAAAUGCAACAAAAGUGGAAAUAACAAAUCCAAUUGUAUCACCAAAUUCAAUUUCAGAAGAGAAAGAAGAUAAAUUGGCAGAAAGAUUAAGAGCAUUAAGAAAUUAA